UACCACUCCCAACCCUCCCGCCCCCUCUCUCUCGCUCUCUCUCUCUCUCCUUCUCUCAUACUCACGCACGACCAAAGGAACGCUCCUGGUCGCCGUGGACGACAUCGAAAGGUAUAAAGCUGUGAUGGCAGAUGCUGCAUAAAGCCAAAUGGAUUUAAAGAAGGAAGGGUCUGGUCUUCUGGUGGCUCCGAAAAACCUAUCGUACGAAGAAAAAUCGUACAUAGCGCGGAUCGCGGGAGAUAUGUAAAUUUAUAAACCUUGACGACGAAAUGAAGCGCACGUGAACGAAACGGGAAGACGGCAACCUCAAGACAGAUAUAUCAGAGAUCUAGCUGGCCCUUGCCUUGAUCAGUUUCGCCACACAUUUCAACGGAGCGCAAAGGAGGAGAGAGACUGUAGCAUCAGUAAUCAGACUAGGACACUCUCAGCGCCCUCCCACGACGAUACCGAAGCACACGGCUGAGGCGGAUUCAACUGCAGCAUUGGGGGAACGAAUCACUGGAUGAGGUUGAAGGCUGUGUUCCACGCGUUUGUAGGCAUACAUUUGGACUCACUCGAGCCAUAUGCACCUUAAGAACAUUUUCCAAUCUGCCGAGUUUCGGACUUAGAGGCAGGUGUAGUGGCGAGGGCGCAUCCAUGAGCGUCUUCUCCCGGGACGGCAUGUUUUUAGUUUAAGCGGAUUUGUUGAAAAGACUGGAGAAAGAGGAAAGGCGAGUUCGGAAGUUUUGAUGCAUAUGAUCACAACCACCAUGAUUUUUAUGAUCCUCGGUGCUUCAGUUGUAAUGUGGUCACAGUACCAGGUCAUGUAGCGGUUGCUGUUUUCCAAUACUGCUUGUCAUGUCCCGGUUGACUCGAAUGGUUCUUUGCAGGCGAUAGCGUGUUUAAUGGACAUGAACGCACUCCUGGACCGCUUUCACAACUACAUCUUACCGCAUUUACGAGGGGAGGACCGUGUCUGUCAUUGCAACUGUGGAAGGCAUCAUGUUCACUACGUGAUUCCAUAUGAUGGAGACCAUUCGCUGGUGGACUCGUCUGAGAAUUACUUCGUGAGUGACAGUGUGACCAAACAAGAGAUGGACCUCAUGCUAGGGCUGUUGCUGGGGUUCUGUAUCAGCUGGCUGUUGUUGUGGCUGGAUGGAGCUUUGCACUGUGCCGUGAGGGCCUGGAGAGCCAGUCGUUACUAUGAUACCCCAUCCUGGUCGUGGUUACCACAGUUCUGCAACCUUCGGGACCUCCGUAGACGUACACAGCUUCGGCAGCUGGAGGAUUCCAGUGGAAACAUGGUGCACAUUAAGCAGAAGCUUUAUCAUAACGGUCACCCCAGUCCCCGUCACCUCUGACUCUUUUACAGCAGUUUUCCCAAAACUGCUCCAUUACCAGCUGCUGCCUCAGAGACUCUAAUCGUUCCAGUCUGAACCAUCUUUUAGACCUUCUGAAAGCAUUCAACACGAUCAAGUAUUUGCCGAAACUAAAAUUCAAGAACAAAGAAGUUUAUUGUUGCCAGUGUCCUGAUUUGUGUUCCCGUCCGUCACGUCCGAGAUAGAAAAGUGGGACGAAUGAUUUUGAACAUUCUUUUUUCUGUACAGACAUGUUAUUUUUCAUUGCUGAAUCUAGGCAUGCACUUUUAGAAUGGGGGGAGAUGCAAGAAUUUGUUUUGUGAGACGUUGGGAGUCAAUUCAUUUUUAUCUUGCUUUCCCCUUCCUUUUCUUUUUAGCUUUUUCAUCAAGAUAUGGUUUUAUUGGGGUGGGGUGAUACGUAUGGCUUGGGGUGGGAGGUCAUGGUUUUGUGAUGGUGGUUGAUGGUGUAGUUAGAGAUUCCUGCUAAUGUAAAUAGUGACACAUAUUGUUUUAUGGGAUUGAAGUGAAAACACGAGUAGGAGGUUCUUAGAAAAAGUGUAAUGAGCUGAAUAAAAAAAUAGAGAAACAGUAUUGAUACGUCACAAGGAAUUUUGAAUGCAGAUGUGAUAUGUGAACUUUUUGGAUGGCUGAAGAGAUUACUUCACGAUCGAUUAGCUUUGUUACUACGUGAAAUAAAUGAAUGUAAUAAUUUUAUCUGUAAAUAAAGGAGAGUGCAGGAAGAUUGAAAUGAAUGGUCAGGGCUCUUUUUGCUGUUUUGAACGUCAUCCAUCAAAUGUAAGAGAACUGCUUGCACUCGCUUUGUCUUCCCUACACUGUGUCCAAUAGCCCAUCCAGGAUUGCUUUUAAACUAUUCCAUACUCAAACAAGAACAACCAGCCUGCCAGCACAGAGAGCCCUGACCCAAUUUUCUCUUCCUCUUUAUGUCCAGACAUUGCUGUUGUGAAGAUAAAAUGUCUGUUUUAUUAAAAGUGCCAUUGAAGCACAAGAGUGA